GGCAGAGCCUGAAUUGGAAAUGGUCACUGAAGGCAGCCUGCAGUUGCUCGGGUUUUGAGUUCUCUCUGACACCAGCAAGCCGGCCAGCAGAUGGGGAGAACUGGUGAGGGGCGUGUAGGGGAACUGAGCAGAGGAGCCAAGGAUCGUCUGAUGAAUCGUCCACGUUAGUAUCCCCCUGGGAGCCCUGGACAGAGCACAGAGGGCAAGGACGGCCCCACUGACAGCAGGAACCGUAGAACUGAGAUGGGUAAUGCAGCUCUCUGCCCGUCUUGUCAUGCGGAUAAGAGUGUAAGAGCACAGGGACACUUGCAGGAGUUGGACAAAACCCCAGACUACUAUGGCUGUAACAGUGAGGACACCGAAGAACUUGGGGUGCGGUCUGACAGCAAUGCAAGCUUCCUCCGUGCUGCCAGAGCAGGCAACUUAGACAAAGUAGUGGAAUAUCUCAAAGGGGGCAUAGACAUCAAUACCUGCAACCAGAAUGGACUCAACGCUCUCCAUCUGGCCGCCAAGGAAGGCCACGUGGGGCUGGUUCACGAGCUGCUGGGAAGAGGGUCCGCUGUGGAUUCUGCCACUAAGAAAGGAAAUACUGCUCUUCACAUUGCAUCUUUGGCUGGACAAGCAGAAGUUGUCAAAGUUCUCGUUAAGGAAGGAGCCAAUAUUAAUGCACAAUCUCAGAAUGGCUUCACUCCUUUAUACAUGGCUGCCCAAGAGAACCACAUUGAUGUUGUAAAAUAUUUGCUGGAAAAUGGAGCUAAUCAGAGCACUGCUACUGAGGAUGGCUUUACGCCCCUGGCGGUGGCGCUCCAGCAAGGACACAACCAAGCAGUGGCCGUCCUCCUGGAGAAUGACACCAAAGGGAAAGUGAGGCUGCCAGCUCUGCAUAUUGCAGCUAGGAAAGAUGACACCAAAUCUGCUGCACUCCUGCUUCAGAACGAUCACAACGCUGACGUACAAUCCAAGAUGAUGGUGAAUAGGACAACCGAGAGUGGUUUCACCCCUUUGCACAUUGCUGCCCACUAUGGAAACGUCAAUGUGGCAACUCUUCUUCUAAACCGGGGAGCUGCUGUGGACUUCACAGCCAGGAAUGGAAUCACUCCUCUGCAUGUGGCUUCCAAAAGGGGAAACACAAACAUGGUGAAGCUCUUACUGGAUCGUGGUGGUCAGAUCGAUGCCAAAACUAGGGAUGGCUUGACGCCCCUUCAUUGCGCUGCAAGAAGUGGACAUGACCAAGUGGUGGAGCUUCUGCUGGAGCGGGGGGCUCCCUUGCUGGCAAGGACGAAGAAUGGGCUGUCUCCGCUUCACAUGGCUGCCCAAGGAGACCACGUGGAAUGUGUGAAGCACCUGCUCCAGCACAAGGCGCCUGUUGAUGACGUCACCCUGGACUACCUGACGGCCCUCCACGUUGCCGCACACUGUGGUCACUACCGUGUAACCAAACUCCUUCUGGACAAGAGAGCCAAUCCAAACGCCAGAGCCCUGAAUGGUUUUACUCCACUGCACAUUGCCUGCAAGAAAAACCGCAUCAAAGUCAUGGAACUGCUGGUGAAAUAUGGGGCUUCAAUCCAAGCUAUAACAGAGUCUGGCCUCACACCAAUACAUGUGGCUGCCUUCAUGGGCCACUUGAACAUUGUCCUUCUUCUGCUGCAGAACGGAGCCUCUCCAGAUGUCACUAACAUUCGUGGGGAGACUGCACUGCACAUGGCAGCCCGGGCGGGGCAGGUGGAAGUGGUCCGAUGCCUCCUGAGAAAUGGUGCCCUUGUCGAUGCCAGAGCCAGGGAGGAACAGACGCCUUUGCAUAUUGCCUCUCGCCUGGGUAAGACAGAAAUUGUUCAGCUGCUUCUACAACAUAUGGCUCAUCCCGAUGCGGCCACCACAAAUGGGUACACACCACUGCACAUCUCUGCCAGGGAAGGCCAGGUAGACGUGGCAUCAGUCCUCCUGGAAGCAGGAGCCGCCCACUCCUUAGCUACCAAGAAGGGUUUCACACCCUUGCACGUAGCAGCCAAGUAUGGAAGCCUGGAUGUGGCAAAACUUCUCUUACAACGCCGUGCUGCUGCAGAUUCUGCAGGGAAGAAUGGCCUUACCCCGCUCCAUGUUGCUGCUCAUUAUGACAACCAGAAGGUGGCGCUGCUGUUACUGGAGAAGGGUGCUUCCCCUCAUGCCACUGCCAAGAAUGGCUAUACUCCUUUACAUAUUGCUGCCAAGAAGAAUCAAAUGCAGAUAGCUUCCACACUCCUGAACUACGGAGCAGAGACAAACAUUGUGACAAAGCAAGGAGUCACUCCACUCCAUCUGGCCUCACAAGAGGGGCACACAGAUAUGGUCACCUUGCUUCUGGAUAAGGGAGCAAAUAUCCACAUGUCAACCAAGAGUGGACUCACAUCCUUACACCUUGCAGCCCAGGAAGAUAAAGUGAAUGUUGCUGAUAUUCUCACCAAGCAUGGGGCUGACCAGGAUGCCCACACAAAGCUCGGUUACACUCCUUUAAUUGUGGCCUGUCACUAUGGAAACGUGAAAAUGGUCAACUUUCUUCUGAAGCAGGGAGCAAAUGUCAAUGCAAAAACCAAGAACGGCUACACGCCUUUGCACCAGGCCGCCCAGCAGGGCCACACGCACAUCAUCAACGUCCUGCUGCCGCACGGGGCCAAGCCCAACGCCACCACCGCGAAUGGCAACACUGCCUUGGCGAUUGCUAAGCGUCUGGGCUACAUCUCCGUGGUGGACACCCUGAAGGUUGUAACCGAGGAGGUCACCACCACCACCACGACUAUCACUGAAAAACACAAGCUAAAUGUUCCUGAGACCAUGACUGAGGUUCUUGAUGUUUCUGAUGAAGAGGCUUUUAAACAGUUUGGUGACCACUUUAUUGAUGGGGAAGUGCUUAGUGAUUCAGGUGAUGACACAAUGACAGGUGAUGGGGGAGAGUACCUUAGACCUGAGGAUCUGAAAGAACUGGGUGAUGACUCCCUACCUAGCAGUCAGUUCCUGGAUGGGAUGAAUUACCUGAGAUACAGCUUGGAGGGAGGACGCUCUGACAGCCUUCGAUCCUUCAGUUCCGACAGGUCUCACACCCUGAGCCAUGCCUCGUACCUGAGGGACAGUGCCAUGAUUGACGACACGGUUGUGAUCCCCAGUCACCAGGUGUCAACUCUAGCCAAGGAGGCAGAAAGGAAUUCUUAUCGUCUAAGCUGGGGCACUGAGAACUUAGACAACGUGGCUCUUUCUUCCAGCCCUAUUCAUUCAGGCCGCACCUCUCCAUGUCUUGAUCGUGACAACAGCAGUUUCCUGGUUAGUUUUAUGGUGGACGCCCGAGGUGGUGCUAUGCGAGGAUGCAGACACAAUGGGCUCCGCAUCAUCAUUCCACCUCGGAAAUGUACUGCCCCAACACGAGUCACCUGCCGACUGGUCAAACGCCAUAGACUGGCGACAAUGCCUCCAAUGGUGGAAGGAGAAGGCCUGGCCAGUCGCCUGAUUGAAGUCGGACCUUCGGGUGCUCAGUUCCUUGGGCCUGUGAUCGUGGAGAUCCCUCAUUUUGCUGCCCUUCGAGGAAAAGAGAGGGAACUAGUUGUCCUGCGCAGUGAGAAUGGGGACAGCUGGAAAGAGCAUUACUGCGAAUACACUGAAGACGAACUGAAUGAAAUCCUUAAUGGCAUGGAUGAAGUGCUGGAUAGCCCGGAAGACCUAGAAAAGAAACGGAUCUGCCGCAUCAUCACCCGUGACUUCCCACAGUACUUUGCAGUGGUGUCUCGCAUCAAACAGGACAGCAACCUGAUUGGCCCAGAGGGAGGCGUGCUGAGCAGCACAGUGGUACCCCAGGUGCAGGCCGUCUUCCCAGAGGGGGCACUAACCAAGCGGAUCCGUGUAGGCCUACAGGCUCAACCUAUGCACAGUGAGUUGGUUAAGAAGAUCCUAGGCAACAAAGCUACCUUCAGCCCUAUAGUCACUUUGGAACCUAGAAGAAGAAAAUUUCACAAGCCAAUUACCAUGACCAUUCCUGUCCCCAAAGCUUCAAGUGAUGUCAUGUUGAAUGGUUUUGGGGGAGAUGCACCAACCUUAAGAUUACUAUGCAGCAUCACAGGUGGAACCACCCCUGCUCAGUGGGAAGAUAUUACAGGAACUACGCCAUUAACAUUUGUCAAUGAAUGUGUUUCCUUUACAACCAAUGUGUCUGCCAGGUUCUGGCUGAUAGAUUGUCGACAAAUCCAGGAGUCUGUUACCUUUGCAUCACAAGUGUAUAGAGAAAUUAUUUGUGUACCAUAUAUGGCCAAAUUUGUAGUGUUUGCCAAAUCACAUGACCCCAUUGAAGCCAGGUUGAGGUGUUUCUGCAUGACUGAUGAUAAAGUGGAUAAGACGCUUGAACAACAAGAAAACUUUGCUGAGGUGGCCAGAAGCAGGGAUGUGGAGGUAUUAGAAGGAAAACCCAUCUAUGUUGAUUGUUUUGGCAACCUGGUGCCAUUAACCAAGAGUGGCCAACAUCAUAUAUUCAGUUUUUUUGCCUUCAAAGAAAACAGACUUCCUCUCUUUGUCAAGGUACGUGAUACAACUCAGGAACCUUGCGGACGACUAUCAUUUAUGAAAGAGCCAAAAUCUACAAGAGGCCUGGUGCAUCAAGCUAUUUGCAACUUAAACAUCACCCUGCCAAUUUAUGCGAAGGAAUCAGAGUCAGAUCAAGAACAGGAGGAAGAGAUCGAUAUGACAUCAGAAAAAAAUGAUGAGACAGAAUCUACAGAAACAUCUGUCCUGAAAAGUCACCUGGUUAAUGAAGUUCCUGUCCUAGCAAGUCCGGACUUGCUCUCUGAAGUUUCUGAGAUGAAACAGGAUUUGAUCAAAAUGACUGCCAUCUUGACCACAGAUGGAUCUGAUAGGGCAGGUUCCCUCAAAGUGAAGGAGCUGGUGAAGGCUGCUGAGGAAGAGCCAGGGGAGCCUUUUGAAAUUGUUGAAAGAGUUAAAGAGGACUUAGAGAAGGUGAACGAAAUCCUGAGAAGUGGAACCUGCAUGAGAGAUGAAGACAGUGUGCCAAGGUCUCAGCCAGAGAGAGAAUUAGAGGAAGAGGAAUGGGUUAUUGUCAGUGAUGAGGAAAUAGAGGAGGCUAAGCAAAAAGCAUCUCUAGAAAUCACCGAAUACCCAUGUGUAGAAGUUAGAAUAGAGAAAGAGACCAAAGUAAAAGUAGAGAAAGACUCAACAGGGCUAGUGAACUACCUUGCUGAGGAUCUAAAUUCCUACGUGUCUCCUCACAAAGAGCCACCGCAGACAGCGCAAGAUCUGGCAGGGGAGAAACGUGAGGCUCUGGGUCCUUGCAGGAGCUCUGAAAGCGAAGGGAAAGAUAAAGAAGCAUCUUCAGAGGAGACACAGAGUACGCAGAAACAGCCCAAACCAAGCCUGGGCAUAAAGAAGCCAGUGAGAAGGAAAUUAAAAGAAAAACAAAAACAAAAAGAGGAUAGUUCACAAGCUAGUGCAGCAAAAACUGAACUUAAAAAAGGUAGUUCAGAAGAGUCAUUAGAUGAGGACCCAGGUUUAGCCCCCGAGCCUCUUCCCCCUGUAAAAGCUACGUCACCUUUGAUAGAAGAAACUCCCAUUGGUUCCAUAAAGGACAAGGUGAAGGCCCUUCAAAAACGAGUGGAAGAUGAACAGAAAGGGCGAAGCAAGUUGCCUGUCAGAGUCAAAGGCAAAGAAGAUGUGCCAAAAAAGAUAGCACAAAGGACACAUCUAGCUGCCUCCCCCUCUCUGAAGCCCGAGAGACAUGCGCCAGUGUCACCCUCCUCGAAAACAGAAAGACACUCUUCUCUUUCCUCUUCUGCAAAAACUGAGAGGCACCCUCCAGUAUCACCAGUGAGUAAAACCGAGAAACACUCACCCUUGUCACCCUCCACCAAAACUGAAAAGCACUCACCCGUGUCAUCGUCAAGUAAAACCGAGAAACACUCACCCGUGUCACCCUCCGCCAAAACUGAAAGACACUCCCCUGCAUCCUCUUCUACAAAAACAGAAAGACACCCACCUGUUUCGCCUUCAGGUAAAACAGACAAACGCCCACCCGGCUUGCCCUCUGGGAGAACAGAGAAACAUCCGCCAGUGUCACCUGGCAGAACAGAGAAACGCUUGCUUGUACCACCAGCUGGAAGAAUGGAAAAGCAUUCACCUGUCUCAAGCUCUGGGAAAACCGAGAAGCACCUGCCUGUGUCACCUUCUGGGAAAACAGACAAGCAACCACCUGUCUCCCCCACCUCAAAAACAGAAAGAAUCGAGGAGACAAUGUCUGUUCGGGAGCUGAUGAAAGCUUUCCAGUCAGGUCAGGACCCAUCUAAACAUAAGACUGGACUCUUUGAGCACAAAGCAGCAAAACAAAAACAGCCACAAGAAAAAAGCAAAGUUCGGGUAGAAAAAGAAAAAGGGCAGAUAGUAGCCCCAAGAGAAACGCAGAAAACAGAGAGUCAGACAAUCAAACGAGGCCAGAGAUUCCUGGUCACGGGACCUUCAGAAUCCAGAAGAGCAGUCCGUGCUUCCUCCGUAGGGUUUAAGAGAGAAGAUGUAGCUGAAGAAAAGGAGAAAGCGCUCAACCACAAAACACCUGAACCUGUUCAGCCAGCACCUGAAGAAGAAAGCCAUAAAGAUAGUGAAGUCCCCAAAGAAAAGCUGGCUGAUGAACAGGGAGACAUGGAUCUCCAGAUCAGCCCAGACAGGAAAACCUCCACUGACUUUUCUGACGUCAUUAAGCAGGAACUGGAAGACAAUGACAAAUACCAACAGUUCCGCCUGAGUGAAGAGACUGAGAAGGCGCAGAUUCACUUAGACCAAGUGCUCACUAGCCCUUUCAACACAACGUUCCCACUAGAUUACAUGAAAGAUGAGUUCCUCCCAGCCCUGUCUUUACAGAGUGGUGCCUUACAUGGCAGUUCUGAAAGCCUGAAGCAGGAAGGGGUAGCAGGUUCUCCGUGUGGCAGCCUGAUGGAAGGGACCCCUCAGAUUAGUUCAGAAGAAAGCUAUAAGCAUGAGGGCCUAGCAGAGACCCCUGAGACAAGCCCAGAAAGCCUUUCUUUCUCACCAAAGAAAAGUGAGGAGCAAAUUGGGGAAACAAAGGAAACUACCAAGUUAAAAACACCACCAGAAAUUCAUUCCGAAAAAGGACAUCCCUCAACCAAAGAUGUUACUGAUGGUUCUGAAGGGCAAGGUGCUGCAGUCACGGGGGGCACAGAGUCCUCUGCUGAGUGUUUGCUGAAGGAGGUCACCCUAGACCCUUCCAAAGACACGUGCCCCCCACAAGAAGGUGACGGCCUUGGCAGUCAAGGUGUAUCAUUAGCAAAAGAAACAUCUGAAGGACUGACUGAGGAAGUGUCCUGUGAUGAAGGUCCACUUAGAUAUGUUAGUUCCGCCCAUGAGACACAAACUGAUACUGAAGCUCAGGAAUCCACAGCCACCGAGCCCUCAGAUGAGGCAAAGCCCUUGCCGCUGCCUGGUGCUGCUGUAAAGACAGGCCCAAGGGCUGAAUCAAAGCCCCAGGGAGUCAUUAGAAGUCCUCAAGGGUUAGAACUUGCACUCCCUAGCCGUGAUAGCGAGGUCCUCAGCCCUGGGGCUGAUGAAUCCUUCACAGUGAGCCACAAAGACUCCCUGGAAGCCAGCCCAGUGCUGGAAGAUAACUCCUCACACAAAACCCCUGAUUCUCUGGAACCGAGUCCUCUGAAAGAAUCCCCUUGCCGUGAUUCUCUUGAAAGCAGCCCUGUUGAACCAAAGAUGAAGGCUGGAAUUCUGCCGACUCACUUUCCUCUUCCUUCCGCCAUUGCCAAAACAGAACUCUGCACGGAAGUGGCCUCUAUGCGGUCCCGGCUGCUCCGAGACCCGGACGGCAGUGCGGAGGAUGACAGCCUUGAGCAGACGUCACUCAUGGAGAGCUCAGGGAAGAGCCCCCUUUCCCCUGACACCCCCAGCUCCGAAGAAAUCAGCUAUGAGGUCACGCCCAAAACCGCAGAUGCAGGCACCCCAAAACCAGCCGUGAUUCCUGAAUGUGCAGAGGAGGAUGACUCAGAAAAUGGGGAGAGAAAGAGGUUCACACCUGAAGAGGAAAUGUUUAAAAUGGUAACCAAAAUCAAAACGUUUGAUGAACUUGAACAAGAAGCAAAGCAGAAAAGGGACUACAAAAGAGAACCCAAGCAAGAAGAAUCUUCUUCAUCCUCUGAUGCAGAUGUUGACUCUUCAGCAGACAUGGAUGAAACAAAACACACAGAGAGUGUAGCGGAUGAAAGCGAUGUCCCUGUGGUUGUAACAUCAGAGAGCAGAAAGGUUUCUUCCUCCUCAGAAAGUGAACCUGAGUUGACACAGCUGAAAAAAGGUGCUGACUCAGACCUCUUAUCAGAGCCAGUUAUUCGAGUGCAACCCCCUUCCCCACUUCCAUCCAGCAUAGACUCAAAUUCCAGUCCUGAAGAAGUACAAUUCCAGCCUGUCGUUUCCAAACAAUACACUUUUAAGAUGAAUGAAGAUACUCAGGAAGAUUCAGGUAAAUCAGAGGAAGAAAAAGAUCGUGAAUCUCCUUUACCUGAAGACAGUCAUACUGUUUCUACUGAUGGCACAGAGAUGUCUUAUGAUGAUCUAAACAGAGAUGCUGAUCAACAAAAACUUUGUGAUGACCAUGGGUAUGAAGCAGGGACUCCCAGCGGCUCAGCCACUCCUGUCUCUUCAGGUCUCCGCAGUUCCACUGGUGAUGAUGUCAGUGAGCAGCUAGUUAUCCACAAGGAAUCAUUAGCUCUCCAAGACACUGGUGAAAAAGAUACAGAAGAAGAAGAAGAAGAGCUUGAUGUUUCUGGAGUCGAAUCUCCACAAGUAGAUUGCCCCAGUGAAAGCUCUUCAGCUUUGUCCUCUUCGCAUCAUUAUCCAGCAUCUGAAGCAAAAGAAUUAGACGAAGACAUAGUCUGUACAUCUUCUGCUACAAAAAUGGAGGUCACAAAACCUGACCAAGCUUUUGAGAGCUUACCAGAGGACCGGCCCACUCAAGACUCAUCCAUUACUACUCAAACUGAUAGAUCGUCCUUGGAUGUUCCAGUGUCUGACCCAGCGGAGACUGAUGAAAUCUCUGAUCCUCAAAUCAUAAGCCCUUAUGAAAAUGUUCCUUCUCAAUCUUUUUUCUCUAGUGAAGAAAGCAAAACCCAAACAGAUACAAGACACACAAGUUUUCACUCUUCUGAAGUGUAUUCCGUUACCAUCACAUCCUCCACUGAAGACGUAGAAGUGACAAGCUCCUCUGGGAGAACCGUUUCAAGUGAAGAAUCUAAUUUGGAGGACCAGAACUUGGACGUAGAACCCAAACAAGAAAGUACCUUGUGGGAAAUGCAGUCGGAUAGAGCCUCCUCAUCUUUAGAGCCAACUGUACCAAAUACAUCAACAGUUGCUGGUGAACAGAGAAGCAAAGUCAUCAUCACAAAAACUGAUGUGGAUUCUGAUUCCUGGAGUGAAAUCCGUGAGGAUGAUGAAGCCUUUGAGGCUCGAGUGAAAGAGGAAGAACAGAAGAUAUUUGGUUUGAUGGUAGACAGACAAUCGCAGGGUACCACCCCUGACACCACUCCUGCUAGGACCCCAACUGAAGAGGGGACCCCAACCAGUGAGCAAAAUCCAUUUCUCUUUCAGGAAGGAAAAUUGUUUGAGAUGACCCGAAGUGGUGCCAUUGAUAUGACCAAAAGGUCCUAUGCAGAUGAAAGUUUUCACUUUUUCCAAAUUGGGCAAGAAUCCAGGGAAGAGACUCUCUCUGAAGACACGAGAGAAGGGGGUACUGGUGCUGAGACCCUACAGCUGGAGACAUCAGCUGAAUCAUUAGCACUCUUAGAAUCGAAAGAAACAGUGGAUGACGAAGCAGAGCUACUCCCAGAUGACCUGAGUGAGGAAGUAGAAGAAAUACACGCUUCAGAUGCUCCACUUAACUCCCAAAUGGGGAUUUCAGCCUCCAUUGAAACAUCAAUGAAAGAGGCAACUUCUGCGGGAGCUGAGGACCUCCCCCCCAUGGGAAUGGGUGACACACCUCCCCUGUCCAGUGUGAAGCAGACAGCUUGCCCUGACUCCCCUAAACCAGUUGGACAAGUUCAGUUAGAUUUUUCCACAACCACUAGAUCUGUAUAUGCAGAUCGGGGUGAUGAUUCUCCCGAUUCAUCCCCAGAGGAACAGAAAUCAGUCAUUGAAAUCCCUACUGCACCUGUGGAGAAUGUGCCUUCUACUGAAAGCAGAUCCAAAAUCCCUGUAAGGACUAUACCCACUUCAACCCCAGCACCUCCAUCUGUGGAGUAUGAAAGCUCCCUUUCUGAAGAUUUCCUACCCAGCCUGGAUGAGGAAAGUAAAGAGGACAAAACAAAACCAAAGUCUAAAAUCCCCAUGAAAGUGCCUGUCCAAAGAGUCGAGCAGCAGCCUUCGCAUCUAGACCUGUCUCUACAGAAAACAGAGGCUCCUCAGGGACAGGACAGGACAAGCAGAGCGCCAAGUAAUAGAAGCAAACCCGAAUCUGAUGCCAGUUUGGACGCAAAGACCAAAUGUCCAGUAAAAACUAGAAGUUACAUUGAGACAGAAACAGAAAGCACAGAGUGGGCAGAGGAGCUUGAGUUAGAAUCAGAGGAAGGGGCCACAAAACCAAAGAUAUUUGCAUCCCGAUUGCCAGUAAAGAGCAAAAGCACCACUUCUUCCUGCAGGGGGCCCACGAGCCCCACAAAAGAAAGUAGGGAGCAUUUCUUUGACCUUUACAGGAACUCCAUAGAAUUCUUUGAGGAGAUUAGUGACGAGGCUUCCAAGUUAGUGGAUAGACUUACACAGUCAGAAAGGGAACAGGAGUUAGUUUCAGAUGACGAAAGUAGUAGUGCCCUGGAAGUUUCAGUAAUUGAAAAUCUGCCACCUGUUGAGACCGAGAACUCAAUUCCUGAGGACAUCUUUGACACAAGGCCCAUUUGGGAUGAGUCCAUUGAGACUCUGAUUGAACGCAUCCCUGAUGAAAAUGGCCAUGACCAUGCUGAAGAUCAACAGGAUGAGCAGGAACGGAUUGAGGAAAGGCUGGCUUAUAUUGCUGAUCACCUUGGUUUCAGCUGGACAGAAUUAGCAAGAGAAUUGGAUUUCACUGAGGAGCAAAUUCAUCAAAUUCGAAUUGAGAACCCUAACUCCCUCCAAGACCAGAGUCAUGCACUAUUGAAGUACUGGCUAGAAAGGGAUGGAAAACACGCGACAGAUACCAGUCUCAUUGAAUGUCUCACCAAGAUCAACCGAAUGGAUAUUGUUCAUCUCAUGGAGACCAGCACAGAGCCUCUCCAGGAGCACAUCAGUCAUAGCUAUGCAGAGAUUGAACAGACCAUUACACUGGAUCAUAGUGAAGGGUUCUCAGUGCUUCAAGAGGAGCUGUGCACAGCCCAGCACGAGCAGAAAGAGGAGCAAGCUGCUUCUAAAGAGGACGAGUCCUAUGACCAACCUCCCAUCGUCUCGGAGGAAGACAUUUCUGUCGGUUACUCCCCUUUUCAGGAUAGCAUCUCCAAAACUGAGGGCGACGGCUCAGCAACAGAGCUCCUUCCCCAGACUCACAAGGAGCAAGUUCAACAGGAUUUCUCAGGGAAAAUGCAAGACCUGCCUGAAGAGUCAGCUCUUGAACAGCAGGAAUACUUUGUGACAACCCCAGGGACAGAAGUGUCAGAGACUCAAAAGGCUAUGGCAGCAUCUGGCUCUCCCACCAAGACACCUGAGGAAAUCAGCACCCCUACUGAGGAGGAGAGGCCAUAUCUCCAGACCCCGACAUCAAGUGAGCGGGGAGACUCUCCCAUUGUGCAAGAACCCGAAGAGCCCCCAGAACGUAAGGAGGAGGGUUCGCCUCGAAAAACCAGCCUCGUGAUAGUGGAGUCUGCUGAUGACCAGCCACAGGCCUUUGAAAGGCUCGAUGAAGAUGCUGCUUUUCAAAAGGAGCUAACAGAGGAAUUAGGUGAGCUGGAGGCCAGCUCAGAUGAGGAAGUGAUGCUAUCUACCAGGGUUGUCCGCCGACGAGUGAUUAUUCAGGGAGAUGAUAUGCCUGACAUACCCCCGGAAACAGUCACAGAAGAAGAAUACAUCGAUGAGCAGGGACACACUGUGAUAAAGAAGGUUACUAGGAAAAUCAUUAGGCGGUACGUCUCCUCUGAUGGCACAGAGAAAGAAGAGAUUAUGAUGCAGGGAACACCACAGGAUCCCAUCAACAUUGAGGAAGGGGAUGGCUAUUCCAAAGUCAUAAAGCGCAUUGUAUUAAAGAGUGACACUGAACAGUCGGAGGUAACUUUGUCUGAGCCCAGCAUUUUGUCCAGUACCUCACAAUUUCAGGCUGAACCCGUGGAAGGCCGUAGAGUCAGCAAAGUUGUUAAAACAACUGUGGUACAUGGAGAGAGGAUGGAGAAGCAUCUGGGGGAUUCUAGUUUAGCCACUGAUCUUCCUUCAGCCAAAGAUGACUUUGAAGAGGCUUUGAGUUACACAGGUAGCCACAUGGAAGUCCACUCCCCCAGUUUAGUAGAGAAUGAAGUCCUGAAGGAGGAUGGAUCAAUACUUAGAAGGACAACAAUGAGUAAAGCUAGAACCCAGAAGAGGGCUGUGGUGAAGGACCAGCAUGGAAAACGCAUUUACUUGGAGCACCUGGAGGAUGUCCCAGAAGCACUAGACCAGGACGACCUCCAGCAUGACCUCAAGCAACUCCUUCGGCAUUUCUGCAAGGAGGACUUGAAGCAAGAGGCCAAAUGAGAGGCUGUCCAGUUCUCACACCAGAAACCACACAUUCACUCGAUAUGCAACUUCCCGUUCCAUUAGAGGAGUGACCUAACUGGCUUGAUUAAUGGGAUUUCCACUUUUAGCAUAUACACUGCAUUUUGUUUGAGUUUUUCCCCAUCCUCUUUAACUGUAAACUAAUUUGUGACCAAAGAUAGCAUCCUUCAUCCUGGAUGCUGUAUCCACUCCUUUGUUGUGUCUGUGCUCACCUGGGACCUGGCCACCUCCGUUAUUCUUCUUGGCUUCUGCACAAGCUCCAUGAAAAUCCAAUGAACAGAAGAACUUCACCUGCAGACCUCUUCAAAUGACGAUACCUAGGAAUCCUUCAAAGAGAUACCCGUGUACAAUAUAUAUAGCUAAAAUGCUCAGACGAACAACGUAUUAAAACCACUGCCUGUCAUAACUACACUGGGCAUCACGGAAUAAAAGGCCUCUAGGAAUUGCUGAACAGUGGUUCACUAAGAUAUUGCUAACACAAUCGAACGUAAUACAGUUCUCCUGCAAAAGAAGCACUUCAGACCUACCAUGUCCUUAGAACUUCCAGGGUAGCCCUGGCUCCUAGUGAAAGAUGGGUUAAUAACCUUGAAGAACUGUCCUAACUAAGCACUUAUUGCUGGUGCUGGCCAGCUGCGAUUGAUGACUCUCCAGCAGCCACUGAGGGAGGGGAGGAAGGGAGCAGCGGCAACGAGGUGAAGCAGCGAGGUAUUCGGUUGCCAGCAGUGGCAUCCGGCAGCUGUCUAACAUCUUCAGGUCCUUUAGAUUUGGGACGUGUUGGCAGGGUAUUUUAAAAAGCUAUAACUACUGUAGUUUUCCAGUUUUCAUUGCUGCUUUAGCAAACCACGCUGUCUUAUUGGUGGUACUUUCUCCUGGCCACUGCACUGUAGAUAAAUCAUUGGAAACAAGAUUUGCCCCCUACACAAACGGUUCAACUCCUUCACCGUGUUGGAGUGGUUUCUUUUAUUUUUUUUCUUCCAGGUUUAUAUCUUCUCUAAUACCUGCAUGUAGCAUUUAAGAAUCAAACCACAGUUCAAACCCAUCUUCUAAUCACAUGGAUGGUGUUCAUUCUUUUUUACCCUCAGCAAGCACUUUUCACUUUUCAGCUAGGUCUGUUUUUUAGCUUGCAGACGAGAUUGAGAAAUCCUGAAAAUUUUGGUUUGGGUUAAAAUUUUGGGUUUAUUUAUUUGAAAUCCAAACUCCCUUGGAAACCCUGAAGUGCAUUUGUGCACUUUCCUGUUUGUUUGUUUCAAAGAAGGGACUUUAAUCAUCUGAGUGAUUUCCGUGUCCUAUUCCUUAUUCCUCUAGUGGUUGAAGCUGUGUAGCAUUUUAACAUAUAUAUAUAUAUUCACAAAUAUAUUCAUAUAAACAGUAUACAUUUUGAAUCAGUUAUUUGUUAAAGAAAAGUAUAUUCAAUGAAGAUGAAAUUAAAACAUUUUGAAAACCAGAGUCUAUCCUCCAGGGAUUAAACAUUUUCGAAUUCUAUCUGGUCUUUUCCUGUUGUGCAAAAAUGACUCAUUGUUCUGAAUGUCAAAAGCAAAGACGACAGACAAUGGCAUUUCAUCAUUUCAAGUAAUUUUGCCAAGAGAGAAGAUUUCCUGGGAGGGAGGUUUCCCACAAGCCAAAUCUCCUAAGCCUCGAAUGCUAGCACGUUUGGCAGCUGGAUAGGAAAGAAAGCAUCUUUGGCAGCCAAAAUGAAGGAGGCCAGUGGUGAAACAUUUUGGACAUACCAUGGCCUCCUUGUCCACACCUUCACUGGAGCUCAAGAAAAGCAUCUCUGUUGUGUUAUUUGCAGUGCAGAUGAUGUCUGUGUAACAACAUAAUGGUUAAUCACCUUUUUUUGAUUUUGAUUUUUGCUGUGUAAUCAAAAAACUUGAAUAAUGUGAGAAGAAGUGAAUUUUCAGUUGAUGAAUCAGCAUCUUGUUCCCAUGGUGAUAACACUAAUUGAAUAUAUCUAUGAGGGCAUGUAUUAGUUAAUGGAAAAAAAUACACUAACAAUACAUAGCUGCAAUGUGUACAAUGGCUGAUUUAAUUAAAUAAAAUGUACAAGUGUUAAGUGUGGCAACAGUGAUUUGUUCUUCUUUAGCACUCACCUGUGAUUUCAGGAGGUAAGACAUUAUUAAAGAGAU